ACAUUAUAGGCCCCUUAAAGAUUUCAUUUAACAAUGACGUAUUGGUGUAAAUGUAUGUAGCUUGAAGUGAGGUGUGAUGCUUGGUGCGCUUCAUUCAUGCUUGCAGAAACCAGCAGCAGCGCGCGGCGGCUUUAAGACAAUCCGGGCAUCUCUUCAGGUCUGUGGAUGACAUCAUUGAUAUUGUCAAUGGUGUAAACUGAGAGAGGUCUGGGUGGUGGUGUGUGAGGAGGGAGAGAGAAAGAAGAGAGAGAGAAGGACCUCAGCGUCUGGUUUCGGCGUUUUCACUCCUCCCCCCCCCAUCCAAAAAAAAAAAAAAUCGUGACAGUGAAUAUUAUCCCGAGUCGCAGGGCUCGGGCCGCCUCGGAUCAGCUGUUUUUAUUUGGGUCUUUUUCUUUGGGAGUCGGGGGGGUUGGGAUGGGGGGAUCGGGUCACAGAUCCCCGUGGUUAUGAGCCGUCCGAAGCCGCGUUGGUCCGUCGCUGUCCAGGGUCCUGAGUGAGACACAGCCGGCGGGCGACCACGGAGCCUGACACAACCCGUGAGUUGAAAAGCCCAGGAGCCAUGGAGUUGAGGGUGGGGAACAAGUACCGCCUUGGGAGGAAGAUAGGGAGCGGAUCCUUUGGAGAUAUUUACCUAGGUUCUAACAUCGCUACAGGGGAGGAAGUGGCCAUCAAACUGGAAUGUGUGAAAACCAAACAUCCACAGCUUCACAUUGAGAGCAAAUUCUACAAGAUGAUGCAGGGCGGGGUGGGAAUCCCGUCUAUUAAGUGGUGCGGGGCGGAAGGCGACUACAACGUUAUGGUAAUGGAGCUGCUGGGCCCCAGUCUGGAGGACCUGUUCAACUUCUGCUCCCGCAAGUUUAGUCUGAAAACAGUCCUGCUGCUGGCCGACCAGAUGAUCAGUAGGAUCGAAUACAUCCACUCCAAGAACUUCAUCCACAGAGACGUGAAGCCUGACAACUUCCUGAUGGGGCUCGGCAAGAAGGGCAACCUGGUCUACAUCAUCGACUUUGGCCUGGCCAAGAAAUACCGUGAUGCCCGAACGCACCAGCACAUCCCCUACCGUGAGAAUAAGAACCUUACUGGCACCGCCCGCUACGCCUCUAUCAACACCCAUCUGGGCAUUGAGCAGUCGAGGCGAGACGACUUGGAGUCUCUGGGCUACGUUCUCAUGUACUUCAACCUGGGCUCUUUGCCCUGGCAGGGGCUCAAGGCUGCCACCAAGAGGCAGAAGUAUGAACGCAUCAGUGAGAAGAAAAUGUCCACCCCAAUCGAGGUGCUCUGCAAGGGAUACCCCUCUGAGUUCUCCACUUACCUGAAUUUGUGUCGCUCCCUGCGGUUCGAUGACAAGCCAGACUACUCAUAUCUGAGGCAGCUCUUCAGGAACCUUUUCCACCGACAGGGCUUCUCCUACGACUACGUCUUUGACUGGAACAUGCUGAAGUUUGGGGCCAGCAGGAACGCAGAGGAUGGAGAGAGGGAGAGGAGGGAGGGAAAAGAGGGAGAGGAGCGAGCAGGAGGAGGCCAGAGAGGAGCUGGAGGUCGAGCUUUGCCGCCUGGUCCGAACCCUUCAGCAGCCAACAGAGUCAGGAACGAGGCAGAUGCUGCUCCCUCGAACCCGGCCACACGUGGGGUCCAGCAGUCAGGUAACCGGUCUCCUCAGGCGGGGAGAGCAGAGAGAGCCGAGCGAGAGAGGAAGGUGGCCAUGAGGCUCCACCGCGGAGCCCCCGCCAACGUCUCCUCCUCUGACCUCACCGCACGCCUUGACCAAUCGCGCAUCACUGCGUCGCAGGUCAGCGUGCCGUUUGAACAUCUGGCAAAGUGAGUUCCUCCUGGCCGGCCUGCAGCAGCUGCAGGGUACCAAGUAGCCCGAACUUUUCAAAUGGAUGAAUGAAUACAUGAAUGAGUGGAGGAGGGCAGGAGGAGGCAUUGCAGGCCCUUAACGGGGGGGAUCGAGGCCAUCCGUGUGUCUGUCGGUAUGCUGUGUGACCAGGAAGAGCACCAAGAUGAUAGAAAGCCAUGGGACAAAUACACUCUUGGCUGGAACUGGUUGGUACUGCUUUUCGGGUGUUGCCGGAGGGGGGGAGGUGGGUGAAACAACACACAGGUGCCGCCCCUUCUUCACUCAUAUUCACCUGCCCAUUGACUCAGAGGCUCAACUUGCAAAAAACAAGGUGCACAAUGGACUAAAUUUCAGUUAUUAUGCGGUUCACACCUGAGAUUAAAUUUUAAAUAAAAUCCACUAUAAACCUGCUAACGUUUGAGAGCUAAAUCCGCUGCUUAUGGUGUUCUUGAUUAUUAAUAAAUAUGUAAACAACCAUAGAGACGAACACAAAACUAAAGUGUAUCCAGGCCUGUAAUAAUUGAGCCAGGGGAAUGCUUGAAAAUGGGCCAUUCACUGCAGUCGAUUUGUGGACGGGAGCAAGGCUGCUUUUUGUCAAUACAUGUCGGUGUCUGUCUGUGUGUUACUGUCUUAAGUGUUUGUUUUGCCUUUAGCUUUGCUAUAGGGUGUGUGAGGAAAGGAGGGAUGCAGAUGUAACUGUUGAUGAAUUGAAUUACCCAUGAGGUAUAACAGAGGAUUAGUCCCAAAUUAAAACAUCCUCUUCUUCAGCACACUUGUUCCUGUCUUACCUUUGAUAGGAAAAACAUGCUCAUUGAAUGUGAAAAGAGACGGAGGAGGUUGAAGACUGCUUCAAGUUGAGUGCAGAACAGAGGGGAGAGUCAUGAGGAUUGUAUGAUAUGAUAAAGCCUUAGUCCAGCUUGUAACUCCAGGUAUGAAAAGACUUGAGAAAGUUAUAAGAUCUUGGUGGUGAACAAGGCUGGUGUUACAUUUGCUUUCCCCCCCGUUUUAUAAUACAUGUAAAAUGUGUUGUGGUAUCUUUUUUUUCCAGAAUGUCACAGAUUGUUUAAAGAUGGGGCUGGAGAGAAGAAAAGUACUGUUUGCUCCCUGACAGCCCUUAGGGAGGCAAAACAGACCCGUUUACCUGUAACCUUUAGAGUCUGCCAGAACCGUGUGUUUUGGUUUCCACAGUGGCAGGCAAUGACAGAAAGGUUCUUGUUAAUAUUUCAAGGAGUGUUUUGACCCGGGCCUGUCAGGACAGACGCACAUCACUGAUGAGAGGGAAUGAGCUGUCUGAUGUCCUGUACAUUUCUUUACCUUGCUUCAACUUUAUUACUAUGAUAUUUGUGUAUAUUUUCUGAAUCAAUAAAGAUAUACACAGCUUA